CGACCGGAACAAAUACCCGAGCUGCGCCAUUCCGAAACCGCUCUGAAACCCUAAACCCGCUCAAAGUCCCUUCCAAACCACUCAGUAGAAGCGGUUUCCAACUCCUCCGCUUCAACGAAACCCAUCUUCCCCCCCUCCGCUAUCGUCAAUUCCCCAAAUCACACCGACAUUGCUUCUUCGCUGUUGUAGAGUCUUGAAAAAUUCGCCUUUUCUGGCCGAGUACAACGGACCGGUGCAUCGGGAUUCCGGCCAUGAGCUCUCAUAGUAUGCGUGUGGCUGCAGACGAUGUGAGGAUGCCGAUCGACGACGAUCUGUGCGAGGUGACAACAUCGGCCCCCAACGACCCGGUCUCGGACUGCAGCAAGACGGACGUCUUCACCAUUCCUCCCAAGUAUGCGCCGAUCGAGCAUCUCAAGAAAUGGAGGAAAGCAACGUUGGCUCUAAAUGCGGCUCGUCGGUUUCGAUAUACAUUGGACUCAAAAAGGGCAGAAGAGAGAGAAACAUUAAGAAGAAGGGCAGCUGUGCAAAAGAGUAAUGACAUAUGUUAUUAUCUUAUAGAGGUUGCUAAUUCUACACGCAUGCACACCUGUGCUAAUUUUGAAGCACGUGUGUAUGAUCUGAGCUUUCCAUAUGGUUGGAAAUGA